AUGGCGAAUAACAAGCGAGUGGCAGCUAAGCGAGCCACUGGUGACAAGGCCACAAACAUGACCAAGGCUUCUUCGGGCCAAGGAAUGGGAAAAGGAAAGGUUUCGGCUGCCCCUAUGACCACCGCCAAGGCUACUUCCCUCAAACGCAAGAGAUCCGCCCCCAUCAUGAAUGGCGGUGAAGACGAUUGCGAAACCGAUGACGAGGCGAACCAAGAAAGCCAAGACAACCAGGACAACCAAGACUUUUCAGGCCCCCGAGACCUGGAAUGGGAAGAAUAUAUCGAAGCCGCUGCCAUCCGGGCUGCCAAUCGUACAGGAAUUGUCCUUGGCGAGGAGUUUUAUGGCUUUGAGGACGACUACGACGACGAAGACAUGUCUCACAUUCCACCCAACUCCGAGCAGCGCCGCCGUAAUGGGCGCCUGACCGGCCGUGACCUGAUCAUCUGGAACCGCGCCUAUAUGGAUGCCAAGCUGCUUCUAACAAUCCAGUACGAGUGCGCCCGUCAUAACAUUGACAUUCCGUGGGAUGCAGUUGCCCACCGUCUUCACCCCGGAUCUUCUGGGAGUGCCAUCCUCCAGCACCUUGCCCGUCUUCGCAACACCGUUUUUUUGAAUGGGCACCUCGUGCCGCCUGACCUCCCCAAGUCCAAUGGUGCUCGCGAUCCUUCGCACUACACCAUGCGCGGUUUUUACCGCAUGCCUCAAAACGUGCGCUGGAGCGAGGGGGAGCCCCUAUUUGCAGCCAAGCGAGCCAUCACUUUCAAGGAAAAAUUUGAGCAUAGCGCUCACAAAUACCGCGAUGUGUUCUGUCUGCCGUUCGAUCCAGACUCCGCUCUCGAGGAUGGCAUUCUCGUCGAUGCCAACAACCAGGUUCUCAGACAGAACAACAGAAAGAUCCCCAAGUCCAAGGUGAAGGUUGGCAGCGCGCCUCACAAGAAACGCAUGGCAAAGGACACUUCUUCGACGACAGAUUUCGCUCCGCCCAGCAAGCCCACUACCAAGAAGAAGACGCUCGCCAAGAAAGCUGCCACCUCGUCUAGCCCGGCCAACCUCCCCAGCGAGAACGAACUCACCCCUGUCAGAACCACUCACCGCCGCUCUUCACGGGUGAAGCGUGUCAAGACGUACCACGAAGCUGACUAUGAGGAGGACGACAACGAGCAUAGCGACAUUCUUGAAGCCUGCGAAGCCGAAGCCAGCGUGCCAGUCUCUGCCCACAAUUCUCCGGCUACCCCUGGGAGCGAGACCUCGUUCAAUCCUGGCCAAGCCAGUGACGAGGAUGCAGCUGACCAAGAGAAGGAGUACGCCGCCGAAACCAGCUCUCCUCAAAACGAGUUGCCCAACACGUACGACGUGCUGGGCAUCUACGGCGACAAUGACGCCCAGGAUGGCCAGGACGGCCAGGACACUGUCGACGCAAUCAGCAACGGCGACGGUAGCUCCAGCGACGACGAAGAGGAACCAAACUCUUUAAUUAAGCUGCUUUCGGACCAAGUCGACUUCCAAGACCAGGCAACGGCUGCCCUCGACCUGGUCGCGGAGCAGAGAAUGGCCCAGGAGCACCAAGUUGCCAACUUGCUGCAACUCAAUCCGCAGUUUUUCGGCCACUAUGGAUCGCAAGUCCCCAACCUCGCAAUGAGCCAGCUGUACCCUCCCACGCUUCCGCAGUUCGCCCCAUUCAACAACGACGGUACUAUUUCCUCGACGUCCUCGCCUCCAUUGUUCCCCGGCCAUGUGGCUGUCGACAAUGCGGGAAUGAACAGCAUGCACGCACCUCCAAUGGUCAGUGCCAUGCUCCAACACAACACCCUUCUAUCUUCGUUCGGCGCGGAGCAACAUACCCCCAUGGCGUCUAUGGCGGGCGGCUUUACGCCACUGGGUAUGCGCGAAGGAAACGACGGCGCCGCUUAUUUCAACAAAGUCGUCGACACAGGUGCACAGUACAACAACCAGUUCCUGAACCACCGCUACCACGAUACAUACGAUUACCCAAACACUGGCGUUGCCAACCCACACGGAAGGUGA